UCAGCCACACGGAGUGGAAGGGUAUGAGAAAGUGACGAAGGCUUGAUGUAGGGGGUUUGGUUUUCUUUUCCAAGAGGGAGCGCGAGAAUCUUUUUUUUAUUAUUAUUGUUGUUUUCUUUGUUUGUUUGGAAGAGUGGCACACCAAAGAUUUUAGAAGAAGACACAGCCAAAAUGCUCUGCCACGUUACUCGUCCGGAUUCGGUGGUGAUGGAAGUGGAAGUUGACGCGAAGGCGAACGGUGAAGACUGUCUGAAUAAGGUUUGCAGAAAGUUGGGCAUAAUUGAAGUGGACUACUUUGGGCUGCAGUUCACAGGCAGCAAAGGAGAGAACCUGUGGCUGAAUCUGAGAAACCGCAUCUGCCAGCAGAUGGACAAUGUGGCGCCCUGUCGACUGAGGCUGCGCGUCAAGUUCUUUGUCGAGCCCCAUCUGAUUCUUCAGGAGCAGACGAGACACGUUUUCUUCAUGCACGUGAAGGAGGACCUUCAUAAUGGCCACCUCCGCAUGGGCUCAGAACAAGCAGAGGAGCUUAGCGCACUGCUGGCACAGGCAGAGUUUGGGGACUACAACCAAAACACAGCCCAGUACUGGUACUCGGAGCUGUGUGGAGAGGAGCCCAGCACCGCCACUAUUGACAGCAUCGUCUCCAGACACAAGGCUCUGGAGGGUUCGAGCCAGGGCUCAGUGGAGUAUCAGGCCCUGCAGCUGGUCUCCUCUCUGGAGCAUUACGGGGUGGAGUGGCACUGGGUCCGCGACGCAAACGGCCAGCGGUUGGCCAUAGGAGUCGGUCCAGAGGGCAUCGCCAUUUGCAAGGAGGACUUCAGCUUAGUCAACAGAGUAAGCUACCCAGUCAUCCAGAUCGCCACCCAGUCGGGGAAAACAGUGUACCUGACGGUUACCAAGGACACAAGUGACAGCGCAGUGCUUCUCUUUAAGCUCAUCAGUAACCGGGCAGCCAGCGGCUUGUACAGGGCUAUUACAGAGACCCACGCCUUCUACAGGUGUGACACAGUCACUAACGCAGUGAUGAUGCAGUACAGCAGAGACUUCAAGGGCCACCUGGCUUCUCUUUUCCUCAAUGAAAACAUCAACCUGGGCAAGAAGUACGUCUUCGACAUCCGACGUACCUCCAAGGAAGUGUACGACCACGCACGGCGCGCCCUCUACAACUCUGGCGUCGUCGACCUGAUGUCCCGCUCCGGCAGUGGCGAGCGUUCCUCUCCUUCGCGCUCCCCGAGCCGAGACGACCAGCAGGACGAGGGGCUGGACUGCGGCAGCUGCCAGCAGAGCCGGGCCCUGCAGGAGCGACUGCAGAAGCUCCGGGAGGCCCUGUUGUGCAUGCUGUGCUGCGAGGAGGAGAUAGACGCCGCGUUCUGCCCCUGCGGCCACAUGGUGUGCUGCCAAACCUGCGCGAAUCAGCUCGAGCUGUGUCCCGUGUGUCGGUCGGAGGUGGAGCACGUGCAGCACGUCUACCUGCCCACCUGUACCAGCCUGCUGAGCCUGACGCUGACCGACAACCACCAGCACCGCAGCAGCAGCAUCCCCGCGCCCAUCCACAGAGACAUGGACUCCCCGCACAGCCGCUCCGCCACAGAGUACGACCACAAGUUGUACCACACAUAAAGACGACUCCACUAAAAAAAAAAAGCCACCAAACUCCACUACGAACACUUUGUACCAGCUGGAUUGACUUUUUAUUUUUUUUUUUUUCCUGCCUGGACUCCACGACCUACCAAACAUUAAAAAAAAAACUCCUGAGCAUAAUCAAAGAUCGAUGAACUCAACCCACUCCCUCACAUUUGUGUGUGUGUGCGCGUUUUCGUGUUAUUUCACAUUUGGACCGUCUGUUUGUUUGGUCUGUUAUUUAGUAUUGUUGCUAUCGGUUGUGCGUCAUUUUGUCCAAAUCCCCCCCACUGCCAUAACGUGAUUUUUAGAUUAGGCUCUUAUUAUUCUUUAAAUUAUUGGAUCAGUUGACCUGAUACAGACUAGAAACUCUUGUGUUUUGUUUUUUUUUUAAAAUCAUGCUUUGAAUUUUGUUUUGGUUGUUUUCUUUGCUCUAUAUCAGGCUCCUAGCCGCCCACAGAACCCGAACCAUAUGACAAACGUAUGUUAUAGAAUAGCUGUACAUAAUGGAUUUUUUUUGUGUGUGUGUUCAUUUUUAAUGCUUCCUGACAUUUUAAAGCUCACCUGUUUUUGAUUUAAGAACAGAGUUUUAUGGUGUAACAGAGUGAAAUGCAUUGUUUUAUAUUUUGAUUUCUCAUUUUGUGUUUUCGUGUUCUACAUUUCCGACGCCAAUUAGGGGUUAUUCAGAGGCUAAGCAGCUCUGCUCCAGGUAUUGCACUGCGUGCUAUCGAGACACACCAGGCGUUAAGGCCACCGCGGUCCCGUUAGUGUGAUCUCUGGGGUUAAACAGGUUCUUUUUUUUUUUUUUUUUUUAGUCUGCGGGAACUGUGACCGUGAAGUGCAGUAUCUCGUCGACACUCCCACAACCUCCUUCACCUCGAAAACGGGUCUUGUUGAUUAACUGCCACUCGUCCAAAACAACAAGCCCAGUUUCUUAGACUGCUGCAGCUUCACAUUUUUAUCUCCAUGCCAACAGAAAGUAAGAAUCAAGAGCACAAAACGCUCUUCUUACCAGACGACAAAAAAGAAAAAAAAAAAAAAAAAGAAAACCCCAAAGUGGUUUGAUUUGUCUAGCAGCAGCUGCUUCCUCUGAAAACCUCUGCUAUAUAUAUCUGGGGUGUACUAGUGACUUCUCUUUGAUUUCUUUUAAAGGGUACUAGGAGAUCUGUCCGUGCAAUACUUGCUUGCUUUUUGAAAAGCUUUUCAUUUUUCAAGUUUUAUUUAAUUUCAAAGAUUAUAUUUUAAAAAAAAAACAAACAAAAAAAACUACGUUGUCACUUUACCAAGGAAGUUUUCCACGUCUGUAGGAGGUUUGGCCUUAAUGUAGCAGCAUCACAGUGUUUAUGAUAAACUUUCCGCAGACCUUUUUUUUUUCUGGUAAGAAAAGGAAAACUUUAUUUCUUUAUUGCUGACUCGAUUAAGCUCAGUCACUGCAGGGGAACGACUUUUUAUUUUUUUCACAUUGUACAAGUAGCGAUUUGUUUCUGUUUUCUGAAGCAAAGCCACUAUGCUCUGUAAAAUAAUUUGGAAUGGAAUCAUUUUUAUAUAUUCUGUUUUUAACAAAAGAGAAAGUAUUAAUAAAGUUGUUUUUUAAAAACAA